AUGAAUGAAGACGCCUUCCUCAUCUUCCUGAAGCACUUCAUCCGCCACACCAACUGCUCCACCGAUCACCCAGUCCUGCUCAUUCUGGACAACCAUGAGUCUCACAUCUCACUCAAGUCAGUGACAAUUGCUAAAGAGAAUGGGGUCAUUAUGCUCACCCUGCCACCUCACACCUCACACCGCUUGCAACCAUUAGACAAAACUGUCUAUGGACCACUCAAAACCUACUAUAACCGAGCGAUGGAUGGGUGGAUGCGAUCACAUCCUGGGCGAACCGUAUCGAUCUAUGAGGUCUCGGAACUUGUGAAGCAAGCGUUCCUCUCUGCAAUGUCACCAACAAACAUAACCUCAGGUUUCAGAGCAACAGGCAUAUACCCUUUCAACAGGGACAUCUUCCCGGAAGAAGACUAUGCACCAUCAAUGGUGACAGACAGGGCAAAUCCAGAAGAUGAACCCAGUACCACUGCUGACCUGCCUGGAGAAGAGCCCUCCACCAGUGGAGCUGCUCACCUGCCUGGACCAUCUCAUGAGCCAACACAUGUCACAGAUCCAGACCCAGGAGAGCCACCUGCCACUCCCGAGCACUUAUCAAGUGACAAAUCUGGUUCUUCUGCUCACUUGGGUUAAGUGUCUCCA